AUGGAUAAACACACUGAAACUGUGAAACAUAUAUCAGCUGGUCUAAAGGAUUUAUACUCACGGAAAGAGCAAUUCCGAAUCUUCCAUGGCUCUACCAAUUCGACGAGAAAGUAUUUAGUUGAUCGGAACAGAAUGAUCGACACUAGCUCACUAAAUCAUGUCCUCUCUGUGGACAAGGCGACGAAAACCGCAUUGGUAGAGCCCAAUGUGCCAAUGGACAAACUGGUUGAAGCAACAUUACCCUUUGAUUUAGUACCACCCGUCGUCAUGGAAUUCAAAGGUAUCACUGCUGGAGGAGGAUUCAGCGGUACUGGAGGCGAGAGUUCAAGCUUCAAGCAUGGCUCAUUCGAUUGCACUGUCAACUGGAUUGAAAUUGUGCUGGCCGAUGGAGAAAUUGUUAAAGCUUCUCCUGAGUUAAAGGCGGACCUUUUUUAUGGUGCGACCAGCUCGCUGGGCACGCUGGGUGUAACGACCUUGAUGGAGAUCCAACUCGUUGAUGCAGCAAGAUAUGUCGAAACCACAUAUACUCCAUGCAAAUCAUUGGAAGAGACUUUGAAGAAGGUAGAGACUGCUAGCAAAGAUGCUGCAAAUGACUAUGUGGAUGGGUUUCUUGUUUCUCUGCACAGAGGUAUAGUGGUCACUGGCCGCCUAGCUUCUUCCAUAUCCAGUGAAACACGCAUACAAAGAUUUCAAGGUCCUCGUGAUCCUUGGUUCUACAUGCAUGCGGAUAGAACAACCCAAAAGGCUGGCGGUCCAAUUACGGAGGCUGUGCCUCUGGCUGACUACCUCUUCCGCUACGAUCGCGGUGCUUUCUGGAUGGGCAAAUAUGCCUUUAGUUACUUCAUGGUUCCUUUCAACCGUGUAACUCGAUGGGCUUUAGACGAUUACAUGCAAACAAGCACAAUGUAUCAUGCUUUGCAUGCUAGUGGACACAUGCAGCAGUACAUCAUUCAGGAUCUGGCCAUCCCUGCUGCCAGCGUCAAGGACUUUAUCAUUGCAGUCGACCAGACAUUCGGGUUCUAUCCUCUUUGGCUGUGUCCAAUGAAGCCAUGGACACAACAAUCCUCUUUCCAUCCGCAAGCCAUUGAGACUGAUCUUCUCGUCAACGUUGGUGUCUGGGGUCCGAAUGGAGCAAACAAUCCGUCAGAAGUGGUUCAGCGAAACCGGCAGCUCGAGAGUCUCGUUCGACAGCACGGUGGUAGGAAAUGGCUAUAUGCGCAAGCGUUCUACUCAGAGUCAGAGUUCUGGGACAUUUAUGAUGAAAAGUCGUAUCGAGAGUUGAGGAGCAAGUACAAGGCCGAACAUUUGCCCAGUGCUUUCGACAAGGCUUGCAUAAACAGUACAGGUGAAAGUCCACAGGCUUGGGCAGAUUGGGUCAGUCAGAAAGUUUGGUCUAUCUGGCCAAUUUCUGGCGUGUAUGGUGUUCUGCAAACGUUGGUCAGCAAGGAAUAUCUACUUAAAAAGUGA